CAGGAAGGCCUGCAGCCACGAGUCCGGGGACAUCCCCUCAGCUGGCCUUCCUCGUCCUACAGGCGCUCCCCACGCGCUUGAUCCCAGCACCAAGGCCGCCAGAGCCUCCCUCCAUCCCCGGGGGUCGCCGCCUCCUCUUCCCAGGCACGCGAGCUCUCCCGUUACUAAACUUCUGCUAUCUGGCUGGGAACUUCCCGGGGCCGGAAACGCGCCCUUCUUGGGGCCUUCAUUGGUGCCCGAGACCGAGGCUGCCCAAAGCCCCGCCCCCCUGGGGAGCUCCUUCCGCGCGGGGACCGAAUCGCCCAGCCCGUCCCCAUUUCUCUGCCGCCCGCACGGGGGGAGAAUCUCCCUGAGCCCCCACACUGUCUUAGGGCCCAGAAGAGCCUGGAACUCCGCACGCCUGAGGCCCCGGGACGCUUUUCUUUCCUCCCGGAAGCCCCGAGACUACAGCGAAGUGAAGGUCGUACCAGUUCCUCCUCCACCUCCUCCUCCUCCUCCUCUCCCAGAGCUCUUUCCGCCUCGCUCCUUAACCUGCAGUGGAACUUCCUCCGCCCCGCGCCUGCAUCCCCGGUCUCAAGACGGGUAUCCCUGAGGUGAUGUUUGAGCAAGGAUGGACAGAGACCAUUGCCCAAACAAGAGUCUUCAGUGACUUGAGAAACCAACUUUUUCCCAGGCCUUUGCUGAAAUCUGGGACCCAAGAAAACCUCCUCUCUGUACAUGAUCCUGAAGAGUCAAGGCUGGGAAAAGAUGGAGGAGCUUCACCUGAUGGAUUCACUGAGGCUACUUUGCUGCUUCUACAGAGAGCCUGGAGUCUCAUGGAUGGCCUUUGAGAGGGACAGACUCCCAGCCCAGGUGGUGACAUUCAAGGAUGUGGCUAUGGAGUUCACAAGGGAGGAGUGGUGCCUCUUGUCCCCUCCCCAGAAGGAGCUAUAUAAGGAAGUGAUGCUGGAAAAUGCCCGGAACCUGCUCUCUAUUGGGCUUCCAGUACCCUCAGAAGACAUUCUAUCUUAUUUGGAGCAGAGGGAAGCCCCGUGGAUGCUGGAGCAAGAAGGCCUGAGGAGCUUCUGCCCAGGAGGAAUCAUACCUGAAAUGGAGGUGAAUCCAACUGAGAUGAGCCCUCCUGUGGAAGAAAUGGACCUACAAAGAUUCACGAGUGUUAGUCCCAAUAACUUUGCUUCCAGUGGAUUCUGUGUUGCUUCUCAAAAUUCAUCCUAUAUUGAAUAUCAAAGAAUGCACACUGAAGAACAAUCUAGUGAAAGUAAUCAGUGUGGAAAGAAUUUUAUGCACCGGGCCAGUCUUGCUCAACAUCACAGUAUUCACACUGGGGAAAAACCUUAUGUAUGUAAGCAGUGUGGAAAGACAUUUAGUCAUAGCCACAGUCUUGCUGAACAUCAGAGAAGGCACACUGGGGAGAAACCUUAUGAAUGUAAGCAGUGUGGAAAGACAUUCAGUCAGAGAUGCAAACUUGCUAAACAUCAGAGAAUACACACUGGGGAGAAACCUUAUGAAUGUAAGCAGUGUGGAAAGACAUUCAUUAAGAACUCCUUUCUUGCUCAACAUCAGAGAAUACACACUGGGGAGAAACCUUAUGAAUGUAAACAGUGUGGAAAGACAUUCAGUCAGAGAUGCAAUCUUGCUAAACAUGAGAGAGUACACACUGGGGAGAAACCUUUUGAAUGUAAGCAGUGUGGAAAGACAUUCAGUCAUGGCCACGUUCUUGCUCAACAUCAGAGAAUACACACUGGGGAGAAACCUUAUGAAUGUAAGCAGUGUGGAAAGACAUUCAGUCGUGGCCACAGUCUUGCUCAACAUCAGAGAAGGCACACUGGGGAGAAACCUUAUGAAUGUAAGCAGUGUGGAAAGACAUUCAGUCAGAGAUGCAAUCUUGCUAAACAUCAGAGAAUACACACUGGGGAGAAACCUUAUGAAUGUAAGCAGUGUGGAAAGACAUUCAGUCAGAGAUGCAAUCUUGAUAAACAUCAGAGAGUACACACUGGGGAGAAACCUCAUGAAUGUAAGCAGUGUGGAAAGACAUUCAGUCAUUGCCACAGUCUUGCUCAACAUCAGAGAAUACACACUGGGGAGAAACCUUAUGAAUGUAAGCAGUGUGGAAAGACCUUCAGUCGUGGCCACAGUCUUGGUCUACAUCAGAGAAGGCACACUGGGGAGAAACCUUAUGAAUAUGAUGGAGAAAUUUGGAUUCCCCCUAAGCAUCUCAAAUCAUGGAGAGGACCAGAUCCAGAUGCAGAGGGAGCAGAUGGGCAACGAGAGCACAGCACAGCUCUACUGGAAGCUCGAGACCAGGAAGAGAAGCAGACGAACAACACUGAUGACACCAGUUAAUUGCAUACCAGCCACACUCCGGAGAUGCUGGAAGACAUCACUGGUGACUACACUUACACCAAAGACUGACAUUACACUACUUUUGAUGACAUUUACUAUUAUCACACUGAUGGACAUUUGUCAUGCUGAAGUAUAUUGGUCCAUUAUACCCAAACCUCCUAUAUUAAGAAUGUUAACUUUGAUGGACAAGCCCCCACUUGUAUAUGUUAAUGAUACUAACUGGCUACCAUAUCCAUUUCACAAGAAAUUAUGCCCAAAUCAGAUAGGAACAUUACAAAGGGAGUUAUUAUGGGCAGAUUGUUCUGUACAAUCUCCUAGAAAGGUUAAGAUGCCAGGAAAAGUAAACUUUCUGGUCUACAAUUGGGGACCCAGAUUACAAUGUGGAUGUUAUGAUCUAUUGACACAUUUGAAUAGAAAUAGUGCAUAUGAGAAAUGACACAUGACAUUCAAUACACCACAUAAGAUUGAAGAUUUGAUACAAGUUGAUAUAGUGGGUCCUAGACUUGCUAUUGAGGCAGGUCCCAUUCAAAAUACACAAUGGAAGAUAGUGGCUGCCACCCAGCCAUAAAUUUAAAGUCAUAAUUUUAAGGUCAAUAUAAGGAAUUCAGGUAUUGAUUUUGAAGAUGCCACUCGCAUCAAGGUCACACAUACACACACACACAAUUAUGUCUUCCUUGUUUCUGUUUAUCAUUGCUUUUUAUUCUUCCAGUUUAAUUUUGUUAUUUUUUCUAGUUCAAUAAAAUAAUUUUUGUUGAUUUAAUUGGAAUGCCAUUAAAUAAAUACAGUAGGUGGGAUUGUCACUUUAAUUAUGUAGGCUUUCUCCACCCAUGAACAAUUAAUAUUUUUCCAAUUACUUAAAUUUAACUUCAUUUGUAUUAAAAUGUUUUACAAUUAGGUUGAUGUAGUUCUUUGUACUCCUGGAUAUUUUAUUCUAUCUUCAGUUAUUUAAAAUGAAUUAUCCCUACUCUCUUUUCUUGUAAGACUUGGUGAUAUAUAUAUAUGUGUGUGUGUGUGUGUGUGUGUGUGUGUGUGUGUGUAUAAAUGCUGAUGACUAAUGUGGGUUUAUUUUAUAUCCUACUACUUUGCUAAAAUUAUUGAUUGUUUUAACUAAUUUUUAAUUGAAUCCAUAUAUUUUCCAUAUAUGCUAUCAUAUUAUCUAUGAAAAAAGGUGUUUCUAUACCUUGUUGCCCAUUCUGAUUCCUUCCAUUCUUUUUCGUUUCUUUUUGUUAUAUUACUACUCUUUCUUAUGCAAUAUUAAAUAAUAUUUGGUAAUAAUGGGCAUCCUGUCUUAACUCCUGAUUGUAUCGAGAAGGCUUCUAAUUUAUCCCCAUCAUAGAUAAUUUUGCUGAUGGAUUUAGGUAAACAUUUCUCAUCAUUCUAAGGAAAAAUGUUUUCAAGUGUAUUUUUUUAAAAAUAGGAAUGGGUGUUGUAUUUUGUGAAAAGCUUUUUCUUCAUCACUUGAUAGAAUCAUAUGAUUUUUGUUACUUUUGUUAUUGAGGAAACUGAUUAUAGUAAGUCUCCGUUAUAUUAAACAACCCCUGCAUGCCUGAUAUAAAUGCAGUUUAGUUAUAAUGUAUAAUUUUUGUGAAAUUUUGUUGUAGUCCCCUGACUAAUAUGUUAUUUAGGAAUUUUGCAUCUAUGUUCAUUAGUGAAAUUGGUCUAUAGUUUUCUUUCUCUGUUUUUCUCUUCCUGAUUUGGGUAUCAACAUUUUAUUUGUUUCAUAAAAGGAAUCUGGCCUUUUCAACCAAUUGACAAGUCCAUAAGGACAUUCUAGGCCCAUUGAAGCAAAAGCAACCAGAAAAGACACAUUUGCAGAUCUGCCUCAGACCCUGGCAAGGACCAGUCUUGACCUUGUAGAUCUACAAAUCAUACCUAAGAACACCUGGCCUCCUUAAUUGGCUCAGAACAUCCUGAUAAGCUAAUCACAGACCUCCUCUCAGGGACAAAAUGGCCUUCUGUAGUACUUUGUACUUUUAAGAAAUCCUUAUGUCAGGGAUAGCAGACUAAAGAGGACUUGGAAAAUUGCUGUUGGUGAAUGUAUGUACUCCUUUAUGCACCUGACACCUGUAUACUGUGUACUGUAAUUGGCACUGAAGAAUGUAUAUUUCUGACCUGUUAUCUUCUUCUUGAGAUAUCAUUUUCCUUUGAUCUUAGGGUGAUGAGACUAUAUAAAUACUGUAUCUACAACCUCAAUAAAUCAGAAUCUGUGACCCAUUCACAGCCCCCUUAGUUUCCAUAAUCCUUGACUCAGUUAUGUCUGUUAGCCUCUGCAUAUUUCUGUCUCCCUGUUCUCUAAGCUCUCAGCCUGCUACAUGCUCUCAGCCUGCUACACACUCCACUGUAGAUUACAGGUUUCAGCUCUCUCUGCUGGUCAGAAGAAGCUGAAACCCACCUGUAGGGUGAUGGUACUACAGGGAUCAGCUGGGGGCAGGGCUCUCCCCAAACACUCACUGCAGUUUCCCCCUGAAUCCACCACAGGGUAUUCCCUUGACUGCUAACAACCCAUGUUUUAAAUAAUUUAUUUAAUGUUACAAUUAGAUGAUCUUGGAAUGUUUGGUAAAAUUCACAAUUCAUCUAGUCCUGAUGUUUUAUUCUUAGAUGGUUCAUUUAUGCUUUGCCUAAUUUCUUUUUCUAAAUAUGUUUAUUUAGAUAUUCUAUUUCCUCCUCUGUUAGUGUAGGCAAUUUAAAUUUUUGUAAGUAUUCUUCCAUUUAUUAAAUUGUUAAAUUUGUUGGAAUAUGAUUGGGCAAAAAUCCCAAUAAUUGCUUUGAUUUCAUCUUCAAUAGUGCUAAAUUCACCCAUUUCAUUUUUGAUGCUAGUGAUUUGGUUUACUUCAUUUUUUAAAAAAAUCAUUAAUCAAUGCUUUAUGUAUUUGGGUGGUUUUAUUUUAUAAAACCAACUCAGUUUCAUUUAUUAAUGUAAUGGUUUUGAUUUCUUCAUCUGAAAACUGCCUAUUCGUAGCUUUUGACCACUUAUCAAUUUGAGAAUAAUUUGGAUUCUUGUAAAUUUGACACAGUUCUCUAUUUCAGAAAAGUGGCCUUUAUCAGAAAUUUUUGCUGUAAUUUCUCCCUCUUUUUUGAGUCUUGAUUGCAUUAGUUUUGUUUGUGUAAAACCUUUUAAAUUUAGAAUAAUCAAAAUUACCUCAUAAUACUCUCUAUUUCUUUUUUGGUUAUAGAUUCUUCCUUUAUCCAUAGAUUUGGCAGCUAAAAUAUUUAUUGUUCCCCUAAUCUGCUCAGGGUAGUACCCUUUAUGUCUAAAUUAUGUACUCAAUUUGGCCUUAUCGUGGUGUACGGUGGAAGAUGUUAGUCUAUACCUAGUCUCUGCCAUAUUUUUCUCAAUAGUUUUUGUUCAAUAGUCAUUUCUUGCCUAGAAAACUUGGACUUCAGGUUUAUCAAAUGGAAAAUUGUGAUGAUAAUUUCUAUUAUGUAGCUAAUCUAUCCCACUGAGCCACCAGUCUAUUUCUUAGGCAGUAUCAGAUUACUUUGAUGGCGGGGUAUUGCUAGGCCACCUUCCCUCAAGGAUUCCUUUGAUAUUCUUGAUCUUUUGGUGUUACAGAUGAAUUUUAUUAUUUUUCUAGCUCUUAAAAACAGUCACGGGACAAUUGGAUUGACAUGGCACUGAUUAAUUUAGGGAAGAUUAUCAUUUUUAUUAUAUUGGCUUGGCCAACCCAUGAGCAAUUAAUGUUUUUCUGGUUGUUUAGACCAGAAAUUAUUUGAGGGGAUAAUGUUUUGAAUUGUAUUCAAAUGAUUCCUGGGUUUGUCUUGGCAAGUAGAUACCAAAGUAUUUUAGAUUAUCUAUAAUUAACUGAAAUUGUAAACCUUAAAAUUUCUUAGACUUAUGAAUGUUGGAAAUGGGAAAUUUCCUAUUGGAAAAAAAUUUCCUACUGAUAGUAAGAACUCUAUUGGAAUGUGAAACCCCUUGGCAUGGGAGGAUCCUUCUCCUCCCUACUUAAGACUACUUUAGGACAGAAACCUUUUGCUAAACAAUGGCAAGGGUUUUGACCUAUGCUUAAGCAUAGAACAGGAAGUUCUUUGAGUCAUGAUUGAUUUUAGAAUUGAUACAAUAGAGAUACUUGGAAUGACAGAACCAGGUCUUAUAAAAUACAAUCUCCACCCUACUUAGAGUAACAGGAUUUAGGAAGGGCUGCAGCAAAGAUCAAGAUUUAAUUAUUUGAGAAUAUGACCUUCAACAUGCAUGUGCAAAGCCACAGACCUCUUGGCUGUCCUGUGUUAAACUAGAGCCACCAUUGGCACAGGGGAGACAUCGACAGGGAUUGGUAGAUGUGAGAACUGAGGGGAGAGAACUUAGAUGGUUUCCUUAAAGAUAGCGCGGUCUGAGGACAGAGGGGGAGAGUUUUUUGCUCGGAGGAGGUUUUGCUCUGAGAAGUUUUGCUCUGAAGGAGUCUGAGAGGAGAGAGGUCCUGGAGGGAGAGCUCCUGGAGAGGUCUGAGAGGAGGGCUUGCUCUGAAGGAGGCUGGAGGUGGAGGCCCCUGAGACUGUUUCUCCAUUUUGGUCACAUGAGUGAUAGGGACUGAUCUCUUUUCUUUGCCUCAGCUAUCUAAGGGCUUGGGCCUUUGGCCCAGCCUAAACAGAGGGGGUAUUUAAGCCCUAUUCCCUUCUCUCUCCCCCCCUCUCUCUAAUACCUUUCUUCCUCCUGUUUGUAAUUAAAAACUCCAUAAAAGGUAGACUGCUGACUUGAGUUUUCAUUUAGGAAUUACAUAGCUGAAUUCCUUGGCGACCUUAAAUUAAUAUAUAUCAGUCUUUUAAAGUGAUUUCCAUAUCACAAAAUGGAACUUCUUUUCUAUUCUUUGCUGCUUGGUUUUGCUGGUAAUAUAAAGAAAUGCUGACAGUGUUGUGUGGGCUCAUUUUAAAAUCCUGCAAUUCUGCUAAUGUUGGUCAUUAUUUCAAUUUGUUUUUAGUUGAUUCUCUAAGCAUAUCAUCAUAAUAUCCAUAAAGAGUGAUAAUUUUGUUUCUUCAUUGUCUACUGUAAAGACCAGAAUAUAAGGGUAAAAAUCCAAGGGUUGGACUACACUUAUAAGAGUGUGGUUGCCAGGAAUUAUUACUCAAUUCCAAAUGAAUUUUUAUGAUCGUUUAUUUAUAUAAAUGGAAAAAGAGUGAAAGUAAGGAAAUCAGAGAGAGCAGAUAUUUACUCUGGUCCAGUUUGAACCAAGGAGGGCUAUAGAGGCCAGUUAAUGUUUUUCCAAUUGCUCAAGUCUAGUUUUAGUUGUGUGGAGAGUGUUUUGUAGUUGUGUUCAUAUAGUUCCUGUGUUUGUCACGGGAGAUAGAUUCCUAGGUAUUUUAUUUUGUCUAAGGUGAUUUUGAAUGGGAUUUCUCUUUCUAGUUUUUGCUGCUGAGCUGUGUUGGAAAUAUAUAGAAAUGCUGAUGACUUAUGUGGGUUUAUUUUGUAUCCUGCAACUUUGCUAAAGUUGUUGAUUAUUUCAAUUAGCUUUUUGGUUGAAUCUCUACGAUUCUUUAAGUAGACCAUCCAAACUCCUUGUUUUCUAGAUGAGAAACCUGAGUUCUUGGGGAAGUUAAAAGGCUUGAUCAGUCACAUAGUCCAUGAGAUGUGGGACUUGAAUCUGGGUCCUUUGACUUGUACUUGGUUCCCAUAGAAUAUGUGUCACAUAUAAAUCCCAGUGCAGGAAGCUAGACUGUGUCUCUUGAUUCUUCUUCCUUCCUCUGGCAUCAGGCGAUGAUUCUCUCCACAGGGAGCAAUAUAAUAUUAGGUACUAUGGGGUACAUAACAAGUACCAUCACAUUGAUAAUGAACAUGCCAUUUCAAAAAUAUACUAUCCUAUGGAAAGUGCUUACCUGGGCUUACAUCUUUACUACUGCUGCCAUACCAACUCUUACUUACUUGAAGAACAUUUAUAAAGUUUUAGUACCAAGGACAGUGGCACAACUCAGGGUAGUGGACACCAACUUAGAAGAUCUGGUGAAGAACAUGCGUGAAGAAAUUUUAUAUAAAAAGUGUUUAGAUCAGAUCAAAGAUAAGGGAAAUGGACAGGCAGACAGUGUAACUAAGGAUAAGGAAAAGAAGGUCAAGAAGAACAAGUUGGGUGCACAAGUAAAAAUAUUAUUUUAAAUUGCAAAGUUUAAAUUCCUUUUGGGAAGAAUUUUAGGUUAAGAAACAUGAUAUCUCUCUGAAUCCAGAAACUGAACUGUUUGGAGAAGACAUCAUGAAGAUGCCUCCAGACCACAAGCUGCAUGAGAAGAUCAAGAAUGAACUUUGGGUGUGGUUGAUGAAACAUUUAUUUGUAUGUAUACUUUCUUGCCAAAGGGGACUUCCCCCUAACUGUUUUUUUGUCAAUGUGUCUAGCAAUUAUUGGUUUUGUUCUUUUUUCCUCUUAUUCUCAAAUUAUUGUAAUCUUUAAGUUGAUUAUGUUUUCGUGAUCCUUUUGGGGGAAACUUUUCCCAAUAACGAUCAAAUGGGGGAAUGUAAAAAUGGAGAUUUGAACACCAGACUUCAAUCUCCAGAAGCCCUUGGCACUUCGCAGAAUGCCAUAUAAUCUCACCUGAGUCCUCACCGGAGGGCAAGAACAAAAUUUGUUCUUAAACUGACUGUAACAACUACUUGGCUCUCUUCUUCCACUUCUAAGCACACACGCCUCUCUAUCUGACAGGCAAAAUGUAAGUGGCUGUGAAUGGGCUAUUCAGCCCUAGGCACAUGCUUUUCUUAUUUUGUAUGUUCUUAUUUCCGUGAUUUAUAACAAUCUUUAAUAAACCUCAUAAAAUAAGA